AAGGCCCAAUCCUUUUGAAGAGGCCCUUAUAACAAUAACAAAACCCUAAAACACAACCGAUUCAUCCAUCCUUUUCGCAUCACAAACUAACUCGUUGGACAGUCUCACUGAGCUCAACGCCGGCAUCCACAAACAGAAAAAAAGCUUGUUUUUUCAAAUCUACAAGGAAAAUGUCAGGUGAGGACGCUGUUGUUGCAGUUGAGCCUGUUGCCGCCGCCGCUGCUGGAAUUCCAGGCGAGCCAAUGGACAUCAUGACUGCCUUGCAACUUGUGCUUAGGAAGUCAUUGGCAUAUGGUGGUCUUGCACGUGGCCUCCAUGAAGGUGCAAAAGUAAUUGAGAAGAACACAGGACAGCUUUGUGUUCUUGCAGAAGAUUGUGACCAGCCUGACUAUGUUAAACUUGUCAAGGCUCUUUGUGCUGAGCACAAUGUUAGUCUUCUGACAGUUCCUAGUGCGAAGACACUUGGAGAAUGGGCUGGUUUGUGUAAGAUUGACUCCGAGGGAAAAGCUAGGAAGGUAACCGGCUGCUCCUGUGUGGUGGUCAAGGACUUUGGGGAGGAACAUGAAGCCUACAAUGUUGUUCUGCAGCACGUGAAAGCUCAAUGAGUUGCAAGAUCCAUACAUUGUGUUUUUCUUUCAUUUUCAUUCUGUGUUGUUUCCAUGAGAAUGAAUUUUGCUUCUAGUUGGUGUUAUCUUCCCAAGGAUUUGAAUUAUUCAAUAUGAUUUUGCUACUCGGCUGUUUUUGUUUCACUAAUUUAGCUACUCACUUUUGUUUUGCUAUUA